AUGGACCGCUGGCCAGCAUUGCUUGCCACACCAGGUUUGGCUUUUGCGUGUUUCGCUAUCGCUGAGGAAGGGCUGCGUGGAAGUAUCGAGGGUGCCGUGGCGGGAGGGACGGCGCACUCCUGCGAAUGGACUACUCCCUGGGCGGGAAUCUCAAGCGAGACAAUAAAUUGGAAUUAUUCAAUGAACUCCGGUUGUCUGUAUGUUGGCUGGCUGGGGGAAGGGCUGAGUGCCGAAGACGGCGCAGCUGUGCAAGAAGCGGCAGCCACGGGCGCAGCAGCAGCACUACGCGAGCAGCCAUUAUUACCCCCUUGUCUCCAGCCUGGAGGUUAUCCCGCUCACCAGCGACGACUGGGAAGCCGUCCAGCUGCACGCAGAGUCGCUCGAGGACGACAUCUUGCAGCAAGUCGCUGUGCUGCUUCCAGGGAGACCUUUUCCCCUGUGGAUUGGCAGCAGUCACAAACCCGCGCUCCUGCGUGCCUGCCUGCCGCAUCAGCGAGUCGGCGAGGAGUCUCCGAGAAGGCAGCGUUCCGGCGAGCACCUCCCGUCACAGCCUUAGACGCGCUGGCUGAUGGCUCUGCUGCGGAUAGCAGCAGAAAGCGGAAGCUUUAUGGAUGGUUCAUCAGCAGUAGAGUCUCUGUUGCACCCUGCGUAGUGCCCCCGACCCUGCCUUCCUCGCUCCUGCUCACGCCGCUCACGUUCGCGCAGUCGGCUGCUUGCUUUCCUCCCGAGCAUUCGGUUUCCGAGGAGGACGCAGGGGCAGGAAGGCCACACGAUCCCUCGAAGAAAAACCGCCUCUCCAGCACUUCGCUUGGACGCCUUCUCAGGGCUGCACUGCUGCAAAGCGAAGACGGAAGAUCUCGCCUUCUGGACGCCUUCCUUGAUGGUCUCGACGUGCAGACGGCGGGAAGGGCGGAGGCUGCCUCGGUCUCACCAUCAGUGCAGAAGGACCAUCACCUCCCCCCCGCCGACGAAGUCUGCAACGCGCCUCCUUCGAAAACGCAGGAUCUGCCAGAGGCCCCUGCUCCGGCUGCCUUCUGCUCCCUCCUGGGGCUUCCCCUCUGGAACGGCGCACUCGUGCGACUGGCGCUGCAUUUAAGCUCCGAUGAGGUGGCCAGGUUGUUGCAUUCCCACAGCGCACUGCAGCAGCGGGAGCCAGAAAAGCCGCACGCGGAGCUAGCCGCUCGUGCCACGAUUCCAGCGAAAGAACGCGCUGAGGACGGGGCGGAAACCUCCGAGGAGGCGUCCACGGAGAGCCGACCCUCAGCGUUUCUUUUGACACGGGAGCUCCGAGAGCUAGAGGACGGCCUUGGGGAUUUGUAUGUCGCCUCAUCAGACACGGGGAGCGGCGGGGAAGGCGGCGCUGCCGAGGAUCCACGCAGCAGCAGUCCCGAGCACCCCUGCGCACGGCCUUCCCUUCCAGCGGCUUCAGGGGGCAGCCCAGGUGCACAGCUCCAAGAGCCUCUGGAGUGGGCAAAAGUGGCGGCGCACUGCAGCGUCGUGGAAGAAUCUGGCAUCGAGACUUUCCGUGGGCUCCCCAGGGUGCGCGCUGCAGGCGGUUCCUACCGGAAAGUAGGGGCGUGGAUCUCCUCAGAGUCUCCGGGAGAAACUGUCGCAGGCCCUCGCACGGCAGACGCGACGGGGGGGUGGUCUUCGCCUCCAGCUGCUGCUGAAGAGACACCCGCUGAGGGCUCCUCGCCGAUGCAUCACGUGGCGCUCGACGUUCUUGUGUCGUUCAGCUCGGCAGACACGCAAGAAGGAUUGGCCACCUCGCCGAGUGCUCAGAGAAACGGUGCUGCCUCUGCACAUAUGAAGGCUGCUCCUCCCCACUUUAGCCGCUCACUGCCCCCCGUGUUCGCGCCUCUUUGCCACCACGGGGGGGACGGGCAGAUGCGGGAAGAAGACGCAGGUCCCCAUUCGGAGGAUGACGCUUGCGUGUUGCUAAACGACGCUUUGCGAGGGCUUGUGCGGCAGGGGGCCCUACGGGCUGCGGUGACGGAGCCUUUGCGCGUCCUUGUGGGGUCGGCGGGAUCGAGCGACUCUUGUGGGGACUUACGUCUCCCCCUGCGCCACGGAGGUGCAUCCUGUGAAACCUUCGGCGAAGCGUUGCCGAGGCGCUUGAGGGGCGAGCAUCAGACAAGCCGCUCGGUGCCGUCUCCAGCUGGGCCGAAAGCAAACGACGCUUCUGGACGAGACGGAACAGGAGCAGUGCGCCUAAAGUGUUCGCAGCUGGUAAUCGACCCCGAGGCUUUCAGAGCUGCUCAGCGCCUCUGGUGGCUACUGCCACCGACCUUGUCAGCACGCCUUUCCGCUGCAGACGCAUACACUCCCAGCGACUCCGCGAGUGGCUUUGAAGCCCGACUGCUUCGGCUGCUGCAGCAGGGCUGCGUAGAGACUCCCGCUGCGGAACUUCCCCUCUGCAGCUGUGGGGGGCAGCGGGGGUGUGCCACUCCCAUUGAUUUCCUUCUGCACCUCUCCAGUGUGGUUUCUCGGCCCCUGCUUGCCGACUUUCAAGGGCUAAAAGCCUUUGGGAACUGUCCGGAUGCCCUUAAGCGCGCAGUCUACAGACGACUGGGGCAGCUGGCUAACCCCGACGAAGACAGGGGGGACGGAGCGUCGGAUUCACGCGUGUCGCCUUCCUGCUCAAAAACCUUCCUUGAAACAGACGCUGCGGAGAGCAGGGCUAGCCGGGCCCUUAGCGCGCUUGGCAGUGCCACCUUGUUGGUGUGCGGCCCUCGAGGCAGCGGACGCUCUGCUCUUUGCAGAGCCAUUUGCGUUGACGUGAUGCGGCGGCUUGGUGUCUUCACCAUGAUCGUGCACUGCCGCCUACUGGCUCGGGAGGCAAUGCCGUCUGUCCUGAUACGCCAUGUGCUUUCUGCGGCAUUCGAAGUCGCUGAGGCGAACAGCCCGUCGCUUCUGCUGCUGGAGGAUUUGGAUGUUUUGUGCUUAUCGGGAGAGGAUGGAGGAAACCUCCCGACUGUAGCCCACGCGCGAGGGACAGCUAUUGCCGCAUUCCUCUGUGAUCUAAUAAAUGGGGUGUCUGAGGCAGCCUCUGCAGCUGGCAGUUGCCGGCUGGAUGGCUUAGGAGGGCAGCAUGGAGUGCGAACGUCUUCGCGCCGAGUCCUCACGCUCGCAACCUCCGUGAACCUCUCCUCCCUACACCCCCUCCUUGCGCGCCCCUCACUCUUUGGUUCCUCCAAAGUAGAAGUAAACUGCGACACUUCGAUGGCUAGUGCCCGCCUAGAACUGUUGCGUGCCCUUGUAGGGCUCUCCGCAGCCACGACGGAACGUGGAAUUCCCUUAUCCCCUCCUCAAGCCGUUCAUCCCGCCAGUAAUCAUCUCUUGCCCGUUGGCGACGCCCGAGCGGUGACCACUGACGCAGGGAGUCUUCGGGAUAUUGCAAAUCAGCUGGAGGGAUACAGCCUUGCAGACUUUCAGGCUGUGGUGUCGCGCGCCGUUGGCGAGAGCCUUUUAGGAUAUCCUCUCAAAGUCUCAGAAGCCCUUACCUCGCCGUACGAUGCGGAGAAGCCACCCCUCGCCUUUAUCCAAGCGGCUCAUCUCCGUAAAGCCCUUGCGGAUGUGCGGCCUCGAGCGACACAGACGCACGCCUUUAUUCAGCCCAAUCUCCGCUACUGCCACGUUGGCGGUCUGCACAAGCCGAAGGAAGACCUGCAUGACCUCUUGACCCUACAGCGCAGGUACCCCUUGCUGUUGAGGGCGUCCGGCAUUGCAGUUCACCAAGGAGUGCUGCUCAUUGGUCCCCCCGGCUGCGGGAAAACGCAUCUGGCUCUCGCCGCAGUGGGGGAGGCGGGCAUUCGUUGUAUCCACAUUAAAGGGCCCGAGUUGCUGGGCAAGUUCAUUGGAUCCAGCGAGGCAGCAGUGCGCGAUGUCUUCCAGAGAGCCAAGGCUGCGAAACCUUGUGCCAUUCUCUUUGACGAAAUUGAGGCCCUGGCCACUAAACGGGGCGCAGACACCACAGGCGUCACAGACAGAGUGGUCAACCAGUUGCUGUGUUACCUCGACGGCAUUGAAGCCCGUGAAGACGUCUUUGUGAUCGCAACCACUGCUCGACCCGACCUUGUAGACUCGGCGUUGCUAAGGCCUGGUCGAUUCGACAAGGUCUGCUUCUGCGGGCUUCCGCAAUCGGAUGCUGAACGGCAGGAGAUUCUAGCCGUGGCUUUGAAGUCGCUCAACUCCAACAUCGUCUUGGACACCACAAAUCUUGCCAGCAUGGUCCCCCCCGCCUUUACCCCCGCAGAUAUUCAGGCAGCAGUGAAGCAGGCCCAACUCUACGCCGUCCAGGAGGCUCUCGCGGCCUGCACCGGCGCCAUGCCAUAUGCUUCUUCAGAUGGGGAUGCCCCUGAUCAUGCGGCAGUUACAAAGCGGCACCUUACGGCUGCGAUAGAAAACGCCAAGCCUUCCCUCAGUAUUCAGGAACUGCAGCGCUACCACCGUUAUUGUCUGCCAAUUGUGAACAAGGCAUGCCACGAGAGCAUUCGAGUCCUCGAGAACGUACUUUUGCAUUCGUCUCAAGAGAACCGAAGUAAGGGACAUUCUGUUUUCAAUAUGGAGAAGCUCACAGACAAGAAAAAACCAACGGCUGAAUCUCCAACGCUGGAGUGUGUCCAGAGUCCGAUGCGACCGCCAGGCAGUACGCAGUGCUUGCACGAGAGCGAAAGCAACAGCGAAGCAGAUCUUGAAGAGGCAUUCAAAAGCGGUGAAGUUAUCUUGAGCCCCACCUUACCGCCUUCACCUGGCUCUGCAACUGUAUCACCCAGGAUUGGAACCUUUAAUGGCGACAGGCAUGAUCCAUCUAUUAUCCCAGAAUUAGAUGCAAGUAUGUGCAAAAUCAAAGCUCUUGGGGAUGGUAACAAACUGGAAAGGGGAGAAGCAGACAGGAGCUGUAAUAAUGGGCUACCCGCCGAGAAAAAGAGGAAGAGAAAGAAGCUACCGGCCCAACUGGCUGGAAAUCGCGUGGCUUUGGCCUGA